UACGUCGCCACGCCCGGAGUGUUAGUGCGCUACACAGGAAGUAAAGUCAAGUUAGCUCGACAAGCAAGUUGCUCGUCGCCAAUUUGACAAGUGUUUGUUACACCGAGCGCUUCUUACAGUUUCUGAUUGUAGUAUAUUCUCUAGCCAGCAUGUUGAUCAAAGUUAAGACUCUCACCGGAAAAGAAAUAGAGAUCGACAUUGAGCCCACAGACAAGGUGGAGCGAAUUAAAGAAAGGGUGGAGGAGAAGGAAGGGAUUCCCCCGCAGCAACAAAGACUCAUCUACAGCGGAAAACAGAUGAACGACGAGAAGACGGCAGCAGACUACAAGAUCCAGGGAGGCUCGGUGCUCCACCUUGUGUUGGCGCUAAGAGGAGGAUCAGAGCUCCACAGUCGCUGCAUACACGUCUCCUCCUCGUCAUGAGUCGCUGUCGUCAUGGGGCCCGCUGAGUGCCAACGCUUUAGGUGUCUGUCACCGUCUAACCACGUUACAGCGCAGAAAUCUGAAAUCCCACGCUCCUCGGCCGACACGAAAACAAAAUCAACCAACAAAAAGAAAGAGAGAAAAAAAAAAAGAGGACAUUCUAAUUCCUUUGUAGAUGUUUUUGUAAACCCACAUUGGCUUUCUGAGUUUGACCCGUUGAUGCAGGCACCCAUGCAGUACAAGAGACAGUUUGACAACACUGUGGUCUUUUUGCUUGUGAAUAAACGCUGAAGUUGAUUGAA